CCGUAGUGUUGCACAGAGCUCGCUCAGGAUGGGCAGGCGCUGCUGGAGGCGGCUAGUGCUGGUGGCAGCGAGUCUGAGCGCUGCACUUCUGCUUCUGGGUGCCGUGACCCGCGCCCUACUCCCGGAUUCUGAAAACAGGGUCCUAGGUUCUGGCUGGCUUGGUGAGAAGAGAAGGAGUCCCUUGCAGAUGCUCUAUGACCUGGAUCAGGGUCCAAGCUCAGCCCUGGCUGAGGUGCAUCGGGAGCGGCGCAGUCUGCUGCGCCGCGCCUGCAGCCGCCACACACGCAGGCAGCGCUUGCUGCAGCCCGAGGACCUACGCCACGUGCUGGUAGACGACGCACAUGGUCUCCUCUACUGCUAUGUGCCUAAGGUGGCCUGCACUAACUGGAAGCGUGUGAUGCUGGCACUGAGCAGCCCCGGGGGCCAGGACCCCCAAGCCAUCCCAGCACAGGAGGCGCAUGCACCAGGCCGCCUGCUGUCUCUUGCUGACUUCGGCCCCAACGAGAUCAACCGGCGCCUGCGUAACUACUUGGCCUUCCUCUUUGUGCGGGAGCCCUUUGAGCGCCUAGCCUCCGCCUACUACAACAAGUUCGCGCAGCCCUACAGCGCUUUCUUCCAGCGGCUUUACGGCACUCGCAUCGUGCGGCGCCUUCGGCCCCACCCACAGCCGGAGGCGCUGGCCCGUGGCCACGAUGUGCGCUUCGCUGAGUUCCUGGCCUACUUGUUGGACCCACGCACGCGCCGUGAUGAACCUUUCAAUGAGCACUGGGAGCGUGUCCACGCGCUCUGCCACCCGUGUCGCCUGCGCUACGAUGUUGUGGGCAAGUUCGAGACCCUAGCAGAGGAUGCGGCCUUUGUGCUGGGCCUGGUGGGCAUGCCUGACCUGCGCUUCCCUGCACCACCAUCCCGUACCAAGGCAGCCACCAUGCAUGAUCAGGCCAUUCGCCUCUUCCAGGACAUCAGCCCCUUCUACCAGCGACGCCUCUUUGAUCUCUACAAGAUGGACUUUCUGCUCUUCAACUACUCGGCACCCUCCUACCUACGGCUACACUAGCCUUCAGUGCCCCUGCGGGGCCUGGUACACUGCGAAGGCUCCGAGGUCAGGGCUGGGGGUUGGGCAUCGGGAUUGUAAGUUUCUGAUGGGUCCAGGGUACCCCACUCUCACAAACACUGCAUUGGGCUGGCAUCACACCUGGCCGGGUUUGGGUGCAAUGUACCUUGGGUGCUGUACAAUUGUGUGCUUGCCACCUGUCCUGCCCAUUGCUUGAUGCUUGCUUCCUCUAACUGCUGUAGCUUUCCAAUGCUUCCUUAGGAUCCUUGGGUAAGUGAAGACUGGAUGAUAGCGUUUUAAGUUGCAAAGUGGCCUUUUUUUUUUUUUUUGGUCAGCUCUGUCCCUGAACCUGCCCAUGGUGCAACAGAGCAGAAUGCUGGCUCAAGGCAGCCUGUGGUCCAUCCCAGUACCCUCCCCACCUCACCCACCCUGUUAAGGACAGUCCUGGCCAAGGAGAGAAGCCCUUCCCUGCAGGGACUCAGGCUGGGGCCAUCCUUACCCAUGGGCAUGGCACAGAUCCAGCUGUAAGCUGCCUUCACUCUGCCAAUCACAGAGCAGGGCCACCUUUCCUCUUGCUGGCUUGGCCCUGGCCAGAUGCUAGGUGGUCUCUGUGUGCCCACAGAGCCCAGGAUGCAAUAUUAUGGCAGGUUUUGUAGAACUUUGAUGAACAGGGGAGUUCAUAUACCAAUAAUUGAAAUAAAUGUUUUGUUACUUUCUGACA